AUGCGUAAGUGCAAGAUCUUUGUUGGAUCAUCGCAUCCAGAGUUGGGCCAAUUGGUCUGCGAGAGGUUGGGCGUGGAGCCGGCACCGUGCACCUUGAAGAAGUUUAGCAAUGGAGAAACCUCGGUUCAGAUUGGUGUUAGUGUGAGAGAUGAGGAUGUCUACAUUAUUCAAAGUGGAUCCUCAAACAUAAAUGAUCACAUCAUGGAGCUUUUGAUUUUGAUUAGCGCCUGCCGUGGUGGAAGUGCAAACAAGAUUACCGCUGUUAUCCCUCAGUUUCCUUACAGUAAGCAAAGCAAGAUGAAGAAACAUAGAGGUGCUAUUACCGCCAGGAUGUUGGCAAACUUAUUGGUCAUGGCUGGAGCUGACCACGUUGUGAGUAUGGACCUUCACGCUAGUCAAAUGCAAGGGUUUUUCACUGUUCCUGUGGAUAAUUUAUUUGGUGCUCCAACUUUGGCAAGAUGGAUCCGUCACAACAUUGAGUCGUGGGAGACGUCUGUUGUUGUGUCGAAAAACCCUGGUGGAACCAAAAGAGUCACUGCUUUGGCUGACAGUCUAAAGAUCAAUUUCGCAAUGAUUCACACAGAUAGAAGAAGAACUCAGGACGAAUACGCCAAGAAAAAGGCUUUGAAAAGGGCAAAGAUUGUCAAUGAUGAAGGCGUUGAAGCAGAUGGAGAGGACAAUAUUGUCAAUGAAUUGCAAACCGCGCGAAUUGUUCAGGGCCAUGUUGUAGAUGAUGAUUAUCAAUGCAAGGACUCAAAAGUCAAUGAUGAGAAUUCAAGCCACUUGACCAACUCAAACAUAAUUGAUAGUGAUGUUUUGGGUGGAUCAUAUGAUGCUGCAAAUUCAGAUGACGAGGACGAGCCAUUGGUCGAGGAAAAGUUGAUUACGUUGGUGGGUGAUGUAAAGGACAAAGUUGCCAUCAUAUUGGAUGACAUGAUUGACAAGCCAAACUCGUUCAUUGCCGCUGCAGAACAUUUGAGGAUAAACUGUGGUGCCAAAGCUGUUUACGUCGUUGGUACACAUGGUGUGUUCAAUGAUUCCUGCUUGGAGCGUUUAACUGAUUCCAAAUGCAUUGAUAAAAUCGUGGUGACAAAUACCUAUCCUAUCCCAAAAGAGCAGAUUGAACAGCACAAGGAUAAGCUCGUGGUCAUUGAUGUAUCUCCGAUUUUUGCUGAGUGUAUUAGAAGAGAUCACUUUGGAGAGUCCAUUUCGGUACUAUUUGACUCGUUGGUAGCUAUAGAUUAG